AUGGGGGAAGUAUACUCUAAACCUGAGAAUUCCGGUACUUACAACCAGCAAACUCAGGUCCCUGAUCCAUCUCAAUCCAAUAGAACACGUCCUGCCUCAAAUGCUGUUAAUACCACAAACAUAAAUACAGACGCAUCUCACCAAUCAUCUGCGGAGAAUUUUGCCCGGCUUUCAAAAGGCCAGUCGCACGUUCAACAUAACCCUCACACAUCAAAUGCAUCACUACGACAGCCCAUCGUGUCUCCACAAACUUCGACUCCUCCUCCUGCGAGGCUGUCUAGAACUCCUGAUCCAACUAUCCAUGGGCUUACUGAGGAUAUGCUCGCAGCUGUCCAGCUUUGUGGACAGCUAACUUUUGCCGCCUAUCAACAACAGCAACGAUCAUCCUCUUUAGUUACACCACUUGCGAAUACUAUGCCGAGCUAUCCUCCAUCCACAUCCUAUCCUCAGCAACUCAAUAAAAUUCAAAUGAGUAGCUUGGCGCCAGGUGGAUCAUUGAGAAUGCAGACCCCUUCAACUGGUCCGGUUGGUAUUGAGGCUUCAUCUGCUGGGACAAAUGCUCAUCAUUCUCGUCUCGGCAGCAAUUCAGCGCUCAUAAGUAACAAUUCUGGUUUGGGAUCUGCUGGCACUCAUUUAUCUAGCUCGGGCCAGCUUUCUCAAGGUCGCCAACCUCAGACGACCCAAUCCCAAUUUUCGCCUGCAUUUUCAAGAUCGCCGGUUGGUUUAAUAGCUAGCUCUGGUAGUGGUCCCCAUCAUCCACAUGUAACUCAGCAUUCGUCUUCUACUGGACCUGAAGUUAGUGCACCUUCUGCUACCUCAGUAGUUGCAGCUGCUGUGCAACAUUUUGUAGCCGCUCAACAGCAACAACAAUUAUUGCCUUCAUCUUCCUCUCUUCAAGCCCAAUCCUCUUCUACAAGCAUCCCAACGAAUGUUACUUGGCCUCAACUUCAAACUUGCACCCGUCGAACUCAACCACUAUGCCAACCGAUUUCAAGCCUUGCUAGUAAACGCCCUCGAGUUGCUGGGGCCACUGUCACUCCUGCCUCUUCUAGUACUCCAUCUACGAAUUCUUGUGUUGCCGUCUCCUCAACCCCUGCUUCGUGCGCUGGGGCAUUAUCUGGGUUUUCCAGUCUCGCGGCAAGUGGACCUGCAGGAGCCGGUAGCUUGCUGACCCUCGGAGGCACAGGAGUUUCUUUAUAUCCUUCUCAGUCCUCAGCUGGGUCUGGACCAGCGCCUGUAUCCUACUUUCCCCUCUUUACUUGCGCUUCAUCACCUUCGCCUUCUCGUCAACUAUCUGCAAUCGCCCCUGUCACCGUUGGCAAUACUAAUUUAAGUGUAGUUCCGACCUCCAGCUCUGGCUACCCUCAGGCUCUUCCGCAAGCUAUUGGUGUGAUGCCCUCUUUGUUGAUGUCUGGUGGUCCACAACAAUUUCAGCGUCAGCAGCAUCAAUUACAUCCACAACCACGACUCGCCACUAUUGGUAGUCCAAGUUCUAGCUUAAAUUUGUCGGGAGCAAACGCGGCUAUAACCGUGCAAUUGUUGCAACAGCAGCAACAAAACUUGGUAGUUAUUCAUUUUCUUGGAUUAAACAAUAUAUCAUACGUUAGCAUUGAUUAG